GGCGCCACUUAAUGGCAAUGUGGCGCACGACUGUCAGAGAAUAAAUGGCGGACACUGCGAGCAGCGCGGCGGACUGGGGAUUGGGGCUCUCCGUUGGGUGUUAUUGUCGGUCACCUAUGAAGCUGCUAACUGGGUACCACGUAGUUUGGAAGUACAACGAGAGUUGAUACCAGCCUGCUGUAGGAGCGCUGAAGACCCCGCCGACUGACGCCAAAAUGAAUUCGAGGCACACUGAGGUGGCUCUGAAGAAAGAGGCGGCAAGUGCCGAGGAUGAGGACCUGACAAUCCCGCGUGCUGCCAUGAACAAGAUGAUCAAGGAGCUGCUCCCUAAUGUGCGCAUUGCGAAUGAGGCACGUGAGCUUAUCUUGGCCUGCUGCACCGAGUUCAUCCAUCACCUUUCCACCGAGGCCAACGACAUCUGCAACCGGCAACAGAAGAAGACCAUUUCUGCAGACCACGUGCUGGGUGCCCUGGACAGCCUGGGCUUUGGUGCAUACCGGCAAGACGCUGAGGCAGUGCUCAAGGACUGCAAAGCAGUGGCAGCCAAGCGGCGCCGCCAGAGCACGCGCCUCGAGAACCUGGGCAUCCCUGAGGAAGAGCUGCUCCGGCAGCAGCAGGAACUCUUUGCACAGGCCCGGCAACAACAAGCUGAGCUGGCCCAGCAGGAGUGGACUCAGAUGCAGCAAGUGGCACAGCAGCAACUUCAACUGCAGCAGCGCCAGGCCCAGGAUGAGGACGAGUACUGAUGCGGUGGUGGGCAGUGGGGUGGGGGCCAAAGAAUGUACUCGUAGGUGUGUGGUUGACUUGGGCAAGGCAGAAGGGCAAGCACUGCCAGCAGAAAGGUCCCUUGCUGCCCAGGAAGGCCACCCAUGACGGCCCUUGGCAGGAGGUUGUUUUUAGGCAAGUUGGUGUUUUUUGUGCAAAGUACAGAGCAUGAAGCGAGGGUAGCGCCAACUGUUUAAUAGCAGAUUGCACAUGUGUCAUCUUGGUUUUGUAUCUGGCUCUGGUAUUAAACAUUUGGUGCUUGCCUUGCAUCAUGCUCCGUACUUUGCUCCAAGAACAAAAAUUUGUAGUCAGCAAGGGGUUCUCUGCUGAUAGCGAGGUUCCUUCUCGCCGAUGUAGACUGUGAGCAAGCCGUUUGAGUACAGGUACCCUUGUCAGAACUUAUGUUUAUUUUUUUCUUCAUGGAUCACUGGCUUUACUAUAGACGUUGCUGGUAUGUGCAGGUGUUGGUAGCACUCUUUUGUUUGACUGGGGAGACAGCGGCGCUCAAGUGAAAGGUCUUCUUGACUCUGGGAAAUAUAUGUAAUUAAGGUAUUUUUCGAGAAGGACCUUUAGAAAGCAUUUUGGUUAAAAUACUUUGACAAGGAAUUGUAUGCACAGCCUGCAUUAAACAUUCUAGAUUGAGAGCAUUAAUGCGUAGCGAAUAACUUCAGGUUUUGCUCAACCUGAAAACUUUUUGUAGAGAUGUCAUUUUAUAUGCACUGUACGACACACUUUGCCAAGUGCUUUAAUGUAACAUCACCGGAGACCAUAAGUGUACUCUGGUGUCGUAUUGGGUGCUCUGUAAGGAAGUUUACCAUAUACAACCCUGUCGGAUUUCCUAGCACGGAGGCACUGUGGUGAAAAAUAUAUUUAGUACAGUUUGUUUGUUAUGUGGAGUGCUUAGAGCACGUGAGCUUGCAUGAAAGCUGUCAUGUGAAUGUGCUUGAAAACAGGCUAAAUAGGAGUGCAUUGUUAUUGUAAUGCAUAUUGAUUUCUCUUUUUUAAAAGCACUUUUGCUGUAUGAAUGAAGCAGGCCCUCUGUUUUGAGUUCUAUUAGGGCUGUUGUCUCCCUCUCUCGAUUUUACACCCUUUUUGUAUUUAAGCGCGGUUUUUGCGACAUGGAUGCAUUAUGUAAGAUAUGUGAUAGAAGUAUGUUGGACUGUCACACAAGGACUUUGGAUGCAGCGUUUUUCACAUUGGUUUGCUGUACUCUCAUCACUAAAGAUUGUUUGAGAUUCAGAAAUAGUAUAAUGGCGGCUGUCUACUUUUAGAAGAGUGCUUGCUGGAUUUUUGCAUUUACUGCUAUGCUUGAUCACUGGCAGUGAGAGUUUGUGAUAAACAAUGUGCCACAAAUGAUGAUGUUCUGUUUGCCACAAGCUGUGCACAUUGCACGACAUUUGUAAUAAAGACUAUUUUAGUGUAAUUGAA